AUGCCUUCUGAGGCAGACAGGUCCAAACAGAGCCAGGUCAUUGACCAUCACGUCCGAUUCAGUGCAUGGCCGCCAGCCUCCCCCAAGAACUCAUCGAUGCCAUCGUCGACUACAUCUGGGACGACAAGCCAAGCCUCUCCUGCUGCGCAGCGGUAUGCCGGGCCUUCAGAGCUCGCAGCAGGUCCCUCUUAUUCUCAUCAAUCGUCCUAUCGAACGCUGCGACCUGUCGUCGCCUACGUCGCGUCCCUUGUCCAUAGGUUGGAAAUCGUGGAUCCCAUUCCGAAAGACCCCAGGCACCACCUCGACGACACCUGGAUCGCCUCGAGCAAGUGGCUCCCUGCGAUUAUCCAGCUGCUCUCGCCUCAUUUGCGCCAUAUGGCCUUGACCAGCGAGGGCUACCAUUACCAGAACCACGACUUUACGCACGUAUUCCAUUGGCGCAAGGCCACGGCGGAGCUGAAGGGCGCCCUCCUUGGCGCGUUCCUGUCGAAGGAUAUGGUUUCUGUCGAGUUGUCGGGGGUUGUCAUUGAUUCGUGCCAGAGUCUGUUUGAGCUCUUUGUGGGGUCGCCGGUGAAGACUUUAGCUUUGCCAUUGUUUUGGCAUGCUAUUCCAGGGUGUGUUAUCAGGCCGCCAGUCCCACCGCCACACUUGCGGCCACAACCACAUUCGUUGUCGGUCCGGCUGAGUGACUGUUUCGUCAAUUAUAUGCUCAGUCCAUAUGCUGCUCUCGAUAUCUGUCACGUCAGAGAUCUGACACUCAAAGUGCCGGGAAACUUCUCUCCAGAGAUCAGGCCCGCCGCGACGAAGCUGUUUUUGACCAUGGGAAAUACCGUGGAAAAGUUGGUGGUCGAGGAGAACAUCUACUUCGGGGACAUUCCAGAGGUUUUCCAAUUGACGCAUUGCCAGAACCUGAAAGUCGUACAGUUCAUCACCACGGUCUACACGAUGGACAAUUCGUAUUGGACGUACCUAUCUAGGAUGCUUGAGACGAUUGCCCCGGACAAUCAUAUGGAAGAGGUCCUGAUUAAAGCGGACCUUUACAGCACGGGAAAUUCGGGCAACGUAUCAGAGUGGCUCGACUGGGGGGAUUUAGACGAGAUAUUAACGCAACCGCGCAUGUCUUAUCUCAAAUCGGUUAGGAUCGAGCUCAGUAUCUGGGGCCAAGUGAAUAAUCAUGUUGACGACUGGGUGCGAAAAGGAUUGCCUGCUCUCCAGAAGAAUGGUGUACAUGUCAAGAUGCAGUCUUUAAGUAGAUGA